UGAUUACCAAUCAAAUCUCGUCACAGUUGGGGCACGUUUAAUCUCUGUUAGUUAACUAACCGAUUAUUUAAUCACUCCUUAAAUAUGUAUGUAUAAACUGUUUGUCAAUAAAACAUCGCACCACGUACCAUUAAAACAAAUGCGAUAACAUUGAUAACAAAUAUUCACCAAGUAUAAUUCCAAAUCACUCCACUUAAUCAGAUUUAUUAGUUAACUAACUUAACUUAAUUUUUCACAUAAACUGUAACUGUAAAAUAAUAAAUAGUGUUACAAAAUCGUCAUUCGUUUAGUGUGUAAUCAGGUUUCGCAAAAAAUUAACAUAAUCAAGGUCAACUAAACCGAAAAUGAACUCGUCGUCAAUCCCGACUCGACCGCAGUCAAGGUUUUUUCCCGUGAUGAAAACACCCAUGUUGCCGAAGGGGGCUUUCGCCGGGAAAGUGGCUCUCAUCACGGGUGGGGGGACAGGUCUGGGGAAAGGCAUGGCCUUGAUGUUGUCAUCCCUGGGGGCAUCGGUCGCUAUUUUGGGAAGACGCCUCAACGUUCUCGAAACUACGGCGAAAGACCUCUCUGCCUCUACGGGAAAUCAAGUUCUUCCUUUUCCCUGUGACAUUCGAGACCCGGAAGCCGUCAAGGGUGUAAUUGACAAGAUCGAGGAAAAGUUCGGCUUGCCAAACGUAAUUGUGAACAACGCCGCUGGGAACUUUGUCUCCCCUUCGGAGCGCUUAUCGCCCAACGCGUGGAAAACCAUAAUUGACAUCGUUCUCAACGGAAGUGCCAACAUUACUCUCGAAACUGGAAAAAGGCUUAUCAAAGCGAAAAAAGGAGCAUCUUACCUCUCGAUAACUACCACGUACACGUUCAAAGGAUCUGGAUUUGUCGUGCCGUCAGCCGCAGCGAAGGCAGGAGUUGAAAAUAUGUGUCGCUCACUGGCCAGCGAAUGGGGCCGAUAUGGGAUUCGGUUAAAUUGCUUGGCUCCCGGCCCCGUGCCAACGGAGGGGGCUUGGUCCCGUCUCGACCCUACGAACAGCUUUGCGGAACACGCCCUGGAUACGUUGCCGACGGGGAGAGUGGGAGAGGUUGAAGAGAUUGCGAACUUGGCCUCUUACAUGCUCAGCGACUACGCUUCCUGGAUGACUGGCGAGACCAUCGUCCUGGAUGGGGGAAGCUUGCCAUUCGCUGCAGGUGAAUUUAACCAGUUUAUCAACAUCCCAAAUGAACAGUGGGACGUUAUGGAGAAAGCUAUUCGGGAAUCGAAUGCCAAACAGAAGAAGAAAUAAGUAGGAAAUACAUACUUACUUUAUGUCACUUAGAAGAAUUCGAAAUUCUUGUAACUAUACUCUUCUUAAAUACAAAUUAAUUUCCUAAAUUAAUUCAAACUAAUGAAAUGGUUUCCAAAAAUUCGUGAAAGUAUGCAAUUUAAUAAAAAGUUUUGUAGGUAUGUAUGUACCAAUCUCAUUAAUGAA